AAAAACAGACAAGUGUAGCUCAAUCAAUUUAAAUGAGUUAAUUAUAAAUGGCGGCCAAAAAAGAAGCAUUACUGGUUGCUGCCAUGCCUCCAUCUGGGCGAAAAGAACUAAAGUGGCAAAAAUGGCUGCAAAGACAUUAUCACAAUGUAAAAAAAAAAGAAAAAGGCUAGAUUCAGCUUAAUUUCUUUUAUCUGAAGGUUAGCAACAGGGGUAACAUGGUGGAAUAAUAUUUUAUCCUGUUAAGCUAAAAGUCAGUGAUCUCACAGAAUGAUAGUGGAACUUGUAAUGUGAUUUUUAUGUAGACUACAACGCAGUUUGCCCCCAAAUAGCUCUGCAUGUCUUUUCAACUGCGUCUACUUCAGUUAUUGUGCAAUGUACAGAUGUGUAUUGUAGAAAACUGUAAUUGGGAGGAAAUUAUUUUAUGAUGGUUUGUUGCAGUUGCAUGCUGGGUGAAUUUAAAGUCCAGGUGUUAUCUCUCAGAAACAGAGAAAAGGUCAGAGUCAACUAGUGAAAACUCUCCAGGUUGCGUUCAAACCUUCAGACUGAUCUGGUGGAAGAGGUAAAAAAGAUGUUACAUUGGAGGAACUCAGCCCUCAUCACUCUGCUGCUGAUUCUGCACUGGGCUGCUGACUCUCAGGCUUAUCCAUGCAUGGUUCUUGAGAAGAAAUGUGACUUUGUGUGUGACUGUACUGACUGCAGCGAUGAGCAAGACUGUGGCUAUAGAGGAAGAGGGUUUGAGUGUGACUUUGAGGAUGCAGGAAAGUGUGGAUGGACUGACCAGUCCGUCGAUGCAGCAUACAGCUGGGAGAGACAUCAGAGAGGAGACACGCUGCCCGACAGCGGGCCAUCCUCUGAUUACACCACCGGGACAGCUACAGGUUGGUUCAUGGGAGUGAGUGCAGUGAAGGCAGAGUCUUUCCGUACUGCAGUUUUAAUCUCUCCAGAGAUGAGACAGUCUUCACCAACCUGUCGCCUGCGUCUCAGAUAUUUCCUGUGGGACUCAGGUAACACAGGUCUAGGCUCCGCUCCCUUGUGGGCAUCCAUUCUUCACCAGGAUUCUCGAGAGGCCAUAGUGUGGCGUCCUGAGGCCACUAGUGUCCGUGGUUGGAGGGAGGCUACAAUGUUCCUGGGCCGUAUACCCACAACCUUCCGAAUCCGUCUUAACUCACGGCGCUCCAAGGGGCAAAAAGGAGAUGUGGCCAUAGACCAGCUGGAGUUUAUAAACUGUGCUCUGCCCUUACCAAUUCCUGGUAAAGAUUGUCCAGUAGGGAUGCUUGAGUGCAGGCGCGAGGGCUGCGUGGAGCAGCGGCAGGUCUGUGACGGCAGCGACGACUGUGGCGACGGGACUGAUGAGCAAAACUGUGAAGAGUACCAGCUCUGUGACUUUGAGAAAGGCCUGUGUGAUUGGGACCUGAGGUCACUGUCCGACCUGAAAUGGGUGCUGACGAGUCAGGAGAAAAUCUCCAUCACUGAUCCUCUGAAAGGACCGGGCAGGGAUCACUCCAACAACAGUGCAUCAGGUCACUUCGUCUAUGUCAGUGUCCCUGAUGGUGGUUACUCAAAUGAUUGGGCCGCUUUCCAGAGUCGUCUCCUUGAACCCACUAAUAGUACACAUCCUUGCAAGAUGGUGAUGUACACUCACCAGUUUGGGCCGAGGUCCGGCGGUCUGACGGUGCUGGUUGCUGAUAAUUACAUCUACCCGGUGUGGGAGAGGGGCGGAGCCCUGGGCGAUGUUUGGGUGAAGGCAGAGGUGGAGAUUGUCACUGAGCUCCCUUUCCACAUUGUAAUAGUGGCAUCAAUCAGAAACUUUACAUAUGGAGGUAUCGCUAUAGACAGCAUUGUGUUGUCCCCUGAAUGCCGCCCAUCAUUUGCAAAUCAGUCCAAGGCAAAUUUCCCCAAACCUCCUAAACACCCAUGUACUGAACCGGAAAAGAUGUGCGAUUUUCAGCCUGACUGUGUAGGGGCAGAGGAUGAAGCCAAAUGUGGGGAUUUCUCUUACACUAAGGGCAGCUCAGGCUGGACUGAUACCAGCAUUGGGAGUCAAGGUUGGAUGCUAUAUAAAAAUUCCACAUCCAAAGAGGACUACCUGUAUGUCACCAAAGCCCCAGGCCAGCAGCUGACUGAAGCCCAGACACAGUCCCCCCUCCUGGGCCCCUCUGGGCCAGCCUGCACCCUCACCUUUGAUUUUACACUAACUGGGAAUCCAGAUCACAUUGGUGAGCUGUCCGUCAGGGUUAUUGACAGCUUGCUGGGCAUGCAGCCAAGACUGUGGGAGUACAGUGGGAAGACGGGACAAGGAGAGGGGGCCUGGCAACAUGCCGAUAUACCUAUUGGAGUUAGGAAACAACGCUUCCAGCUGGCGUUUGAAGCUCGUGCUGUCAAACUGUGUCCAUGCAUCAAGAUAAGAGUGAGAAACGUUCGCUUUGUCAACUGUCAUGCUGACUAUCUUCCAUCAUCUUUGACAGAAUUGUCAUGUAACUUUGAAAGUGGACUAUGUGGAUGGUAUCAGGACAACAGUGACAACUUUGACUGGAUGGUGCUUAGUGGGAUGGACCACACCAUCAGGAUCGGCAAAAGCCUUGCUGUGGACAUGUGGAGUCCCUCUCUGCGCGGUUUGUACGGACGCUUACUUUCAUUUCCACAGUUACCAAGUUCUACAGAUCACUGCCUGUCCUUCUUCUACAAACUCUAUGGGCCAGACACAGGUGAACUGAACGUAAAGCUGUUAGAUAAAAACGGUUAUGAGACCAUCCUCUGGACCCGCAGUGGAGCUCAUGGCAACGUGUGGCAAGAAGCACACUGCCCAGUGCCACACCAGCUCACAAAAUUUCAGCUGAUGUUUGAAGUGGUUCGCUCCGGCUUUGACGGGCAGGUGGCCAUUGAUGAUGUUUCGUUUGUGGCCGGUCCCUGCACCGUGCCAAGGGUGUGCUCCUUUGAAGGCCAGCGGUGUGGGUACCGCACCACUGGCAAAGCUCACUGGCUCCACCGCAGCGGAUUCACCACCACGAUAACUGGACCCAAAACCGACCACACUCUGGAGACCGAACAGGGUUUCUAUAUGAUGGCCAACACCGGAGCCAACAUUCUUCCCUCCGGCAAUAGCGCAGUCCUCACCUCCCCUGUUCGUCAAGGAGUCGCCAGGACUGAGUGUUUGCAAUUCUGGUAUCACAUGGGAGGAGGGAAUCCUGGUUCUCUGACGGUGUAUAUGAAGCCGGUGAAGGGAGAGAGGGUGAAGAUCUUCUCUGACAGCCUGAAUCAAGGACAUGUCUGGCGCCACGGCAACGGCAACAUCUCGAGUACCCUUGUGGACUGGCAGUUGGAGUUUGAGGCGGUUGGAGCUGGAGGAAAAGACACCCACAUUGCAGUUGAUGACAUCUUCCUUUCAGCUGACCCAUGUGAAAACAAACUAAAAGGUUCUAGUUGCAAUCUGGAGAGAGGGAUGUGCAGCUGGAGCAACACUCAGAACAUUAAAGUGGACAAACUGGACUGGGAGCUGACGAGUCAGGAAGCAGAGAGGCACUACCCCACCCCACCCAAAGACCACACUCUGGGCACGGGUAAAGGUCACUUCCUGUUCUUGCCGAGCAGCAAUCGGACACCAGCCAAUCAAAACGCUCAGCUGCUGAGCCCUCACCUGCCCCCGACCAAGGGCACCUGCCUGAAAUUCUGGGCCUACAAACCCUACUCAUCGGACAGCCAGCUGAUGGUGUGGAGGCUGUCUGAAGGUCGUCUCCAUCAGCUGGUGGUGGUGACUGAACUGGGAGGACCAUGGAAACGCUUUGACGUCAACAUCAUUUCUACCAAGGAAUACCAGAUUUUGUUUGACGGAGUGAAAGGCACAUCGGGCUUUGUAGCUCUGGAUGAUAUUGAGUACACCAUUGGGAUCACCUGUGCAAACGAAAUCACAGAUCCAGUGACAACCCCACCAAAACGAGACAACGCAGGAGGGAUGGGAGCGUCUGUCAUUGUGGUCCUGCUGCUGAUCGGCACUUUGAUCGCCCUGCUGUUUUACUACCUGCAAACCCGCGAAAGAGUCGAGGCUAUGACUGGUCCAUCAUCAUCAUCAUCACCACCGCCUUCCUCAGCUGGUGUCGGUUUCAGUAAUGAAAUAUAUGAACCAGACGUCACACAAGACCAUGUUAGGGUUCCACCAGCCCAAAACCAUCCAAUGGCAGCUGGGUUCAAUGAUGUCUCUGUCUCUGCUGAUUUCAGAGAGAUGGAGGUGGCGUAAGGAAGGGGGAGUGGUGGUCCUGCCACCUAUGGGUGGUUUUGUGAAAUUGAGGCGAUAUCACAGCAGGAGAACUGCUUGUGUCGCCCUUACAUGAAAGAAGUGCACACACAAACACACACACACACACACACACACACACACACACGCACUCACAUACACAAUACACAAGAAAAGCCCACAUACUGAAACACCGAUGAAGGCCUAAUCAGUGCCACUGCCUCAGAUCCAGAGGAGCCCUCGAGGGUUGCAGCCCUCUGCCUGUGGACCGACAGAUGGAAGUCAGAAGGAGAACGUCAAACGUGUCAUGGAAAUUAAUUGAACAUCCUUUGAAAUCGAGACUGGGCAUAACCCAUGAUUGAGUGAAGGCAGAUUUAGGAUCCAUUUUAGAUAUGCAGGGAGGUUCCAAUGGUAUCAGGUCAAGUGUAACAUGACUGAAUCAUGUUUGUUUGGUUUAAUAAGAACGCAGCAGGUUGGGCUCCUUUCUUUGUGGCUUAAAUGAGCAGCGCUCCUACAUGCCAGUCAAUUUACUAACAGGGAGGAGGUUUGUCAAUUUCGAUAAAAUGACUCACUCAGUAACUCACCACCAAGAUAUCUCAGCUUGACAACAUAAAACCUGAACUCUGGGCACGGACUUUGAAUGAUAUGUGCGUUUACCAGGCAGGGAUAAUCUAAUGAAAGAUACAAUCGAGUUGCAUUACGGGAGUAAACCUUGUUUCACAGCUUUAUAGAAGGGGAAAACUAAGUCACUGGUGUGUCCCUUUAAAGAGAAAGGCGAAUGAAAGGAAUAACUAUAAACAGACAGGCUAAACCAUGUGGAAAGUAUUAAAAAGAUUAUAAAGGAAAGUGAAUACAUGUAAUGCUGCUGUUUGGAAAAAGACUGUGGGACGGAUGCGUUCUUUUGGAUGUGUUAGAGGGUUAACUUUGCUUUGAAAAAAGAUAUAAGUGAGCAAAUUAAA